GAUUCGUGGCAUUUCAGUCAGUAUUGUAGCAUGACAAAAAAAAGAAAGGUAUUAUACUGUACCACUUCGCUUUAGUGUGAUAAACCGAAAUAAUGACUUCAUCUAUAAAUACUUCUUUAGAAUAUGGUAUUCUCAAAACCAAUGUCUCGGCACCAUCAAAAGACAUGAGUUUAAUUAGCAAGGAGACGAGAAAGUUAGUUGAGAUGGUCUGUCUGUCAGGCUUAACAACAUUGGUGUAUCUAAUUGGUAUUCCCGCCAACAUCAUCAACUGCAUCGUGUUCUGGCGACAAGGUCUGAAGGACCGCAUGAACCUGUGUCUCUUCUCAUUAGCAAUCACUGAUUUGGCUUAUUUGGUGUCUGAGCUCGCAGUGCUUUCUAUAAGUUCAUUUCUCAGUUAUAUUGACCCGACUUUAGGCGAAGAAUAUAUGUCUAAGGCAAUGGUUGAUGGUCAUCACCAGCAGAGGGCGCUAACCACGAUGCUCGUGCUCGUCUCGUGCAUCUACAUCUUCACGGCCGGACCGAACGUAGCUCGGGAACUUAUUCGUAUUCUCAUCCCGGCCCUCGUGUCUGAUCCUCACUACUAUGAUCUGUUCUUGGCAGUCAGCGCUAUGACACUGCUACCUCCGCGACUCAACAGCUCGAUCCACAUCUUUGUCUACUACAACCGCUCGUCGCGGUAUCGCUCUGUUCUUCGCAAGAUGCUUUGUGGUUGUGGGAAGAAGCAGCCAUUUGCAAGUGACUUAUCUGUGUGA